UACCAGGGCAUCUGCAUCUGUGGUGGAGGAGUCGCAGCGGCAGCAGUAGCUGAAGUAGAAGCGUCGGAGAUGAAGAGCAUACUGUCUUCGGAGACGAUGGAGAUCCCGGAAGGGGUCAAGAUAAAGGUGAAAGCGAAGUUGAUAGAGGUGGAGGGCCCGCGCGGCAAGCUGACCCGUAAUUUCAAGCACCUUAAUUUGGACUUCCAGCUGAUCACUGACGAGGAAGGCAAGAAGAAGCUCAAAGUCGAGGCAUGGUUCGGCUCCAGGAAGACCUCCGCUGCCAUUCGGACCGCUCUCAGCCACGUCGAUAACCUCAUCACCGGCGUCACCAAGGGCUACCGCUACAAGAUGCGCUUCGUCUACGCUCACUUCCCCAUCAACGCCUCCAUCACCAACUCCAACCGCUCCAUCGAGAUCCGUAACUUCCUUGGCGAGAAGAAGGUCAGGAAAGUGGACAUGCUUGAAGGUGUCUCAAUCCUUCGAUCUGAAAAGGUGAAGGAUGAACUCAUUUUGGACGGGAAUGAUAUCGAACUUGUUUCACGUUCCGCGGCCCUGAUAAACCAGAAAUGCCAUGUCAAGAACAAAGAUAUCAGGAAAUUCCUUGAUGGUAUCUAUGUCAGUGAGAAAGGCAGAGUAGCUGGGGAAGAUUAAUUCCCAUUUUAUUAUAAGUAAGCAAUGGCUUAAUAGCGCUAGUCGUUUUUAAUUCUACUUGUCAAGAAAAUGUUGGCUUCCCCAAAAAUGUUGUAAGAGUUGUGCACUUCAAAUAUGGAGUUAAUAUUGCAAUGUUUUUGGGACCUUCUUAAAAUAAAUCCUAAAUGAGUUUGCUGUAGAGCUCAUCAGCAUGUUGGUAUCAUGAACACUAUGAACUAUUCGAUAGGAAGAACUUUUUUGUAUAGACAACAUUCUUGUGGACACGCUUGUUUGAGUAAUGAGAUGAGAUGAGUAAUGGGAUGAAA